GCUAAUGCUGCGUUUGAAUUGUCUUAUUAGAUAAAUCAACAAAAUAUCGAUAGGUCCGUCUCACAUUGCAGUAGUCCGCUCCUGAUAAACGAACAGCUGAUCGGCCACCCAAUUUAAAUUUCACUUUUUUUUGGCGCCGCCGUUUUGUUUGAUCAAUAUAUUGCCGCAUUAGUGCUCUCAGGUGGUAUAUAUAUAGGAAUCUCAACACCUAAAGUGUCGUCACGCAAGCCCCAAAGGCAUGCUUGCAGUAGGCCACCCGCUACCAACGAUGACAACAAACUUUUUGGAACAAUUGCCUGAGCAUAUUAGAGAAAUUGCCAAGCAGGUCAAUGUGGUCACGCCAGAAGAGAUUCUUACCACGCCCAAAGUCCAGUUUCUGGAUACCCGCUCGAAAUCUUUGCACUCGCUGGUGCGGAUAUGCACGCCGGACGAUGUCCGUGUGCUAAAGGAUGCAGCGGCCAAGUGGCUAGCUGAGACCCCAAUGUCAGCGGACUCCCUGUUCAAGCCGUUGGCUAAUGUGCGUUGGUCUCGCAUAACCUUCGGCUGCCCAGCCCUGGAUCGCUGUACAGGCGGCGGUAUUGUUACUAGGGGAAUAACCGAAAUAUGUGGAGCUUCCGGAGUGGGUAAGACUCAGUUAUUGCUACAGUUGGCCGUGUGCGUACAGCUGCCUCUUCAUUUGGGCGGCCUGGCCAGAGGAGUGGCUUUUAUUUGCACUGAGGAUGCAUUUCCCUCGCGUCGCAUGUUGGAGAUAAGCAAAGUCUUCGAGGCUCGUUAUCCCAAGGAAAAUCUCAAUUUUCUAGCCAAUGUGUUUGUGGAACAACAAUUCGAAGUUAAACCCCUGCUCGAGUGUGUUAGCAAUCGUCUGCCUCAAUUGAUGCAACAACAUGCCAUUGGAUUAAUCAUCAUCGAUUCGGUGGCGGCCAUCUUUCGCCUCUUCACCGACUAUGAUGAACGAACACGGGAUAUGCGACGCCUGGCUAACGAUUUGCUUACCUAUGCCGAUAAAUACAACUGUGCGGUGAUCUGCAUCAAUCAAAUGACAUCCAGCAGCGCCACGAGAGAUGAUAAACCAAUGCAGGAUAUACCAUGCUUAGGUCUCCAAUGGGCACAUCUUGGGCGUACUCGUUUAAUUGUCUCCAAGGUGCCUAAACAGCAUCGUUUGGGCGAUCAAUUGAUAACUGUACGCAAACUGGAAAUUAUGUAUUCACCAGAAACCCCAAACAAUGUUGCCGAAUUCCUAGUCACAUCUGAGGGUGUGGUAGAUGUUCCUGUGCCCCCCCUCGAACCAACCCAUGCACACAAGAAGAUACGUUUAAAAUAACCCACAAAAGAACAGAUCGAGAUCUGUCGUUCUAAGUGAAGACGGAAGGAC